AUGGACGAAUUUCGCGAAGAUGACAUUGAAAGCAUUCUCUACAUUGGCAGAGAAGUCUCAGUGUACAAGAUCCCACCGCUCAAGAAGAAUGAGGGCCACCGCGCACAAGAAUGGGGAGAUUUAGCGAGUCCUAUUUGGAAGGGUCGUCUGCGUAUCAUCGAGCGAUCUGCUGGAGUAUUCAUCCAAUUUGAGGAUCCCACCACCGGUGAAUUGUUCGCAAAGGCCGACUAUGAUCCCGCUAAGCCCUGCGUGGAGGCCGUACUCGAUUCAUCGCGAUACUUUGUCGUUCGUGUGGAAGAUAAUGGCCGAAGAGCCUAUAUUGGAAUGGGCUUCAUCGAGCGUACUGAUAGUUUUGACUUUAACGUCACGUUGCAGGAUUAUACCAAACGCUGGCGCGCCCGCAUGAAUCCUGCGGAAGCCGCAACCGACUCGCCCUCCCCUCAUGUUCCGUCUGGCCCAAAGAAAGAUUAUUCCCUCAAGGAUGGUCAGACUUUCUCCAUUAACAUUCCAGGACGAACAAAAGCACGCAUCACGCCGAGUGUGAACUUACUAGGAAGCAGUACAAGCUCAUCCUCAGGCGGUCUGGGAGUUCCGCUUCUUCCUCCUCCCCCGAGCGCACUAAGGAAGUAA